AUGUCUGAUGCUGCGAAAAGCGCCUCCGAUCAGGCAAAAAGCACGGCGGACCAGGCCAUCGAUGCGCAUAAAGCCAUGGUGGACAAGGCUGCAUCAGCACUCGCGGCACUAGCGCCCGCACCGGCGACGCCCGGCGUGCCGGCGGUGCCAGCACCGGCGCUUCAGGACCAGGCCGAGAAGCUUGCGAAGGCAAUGUCUGAUGCUACACAAAGCGCCUCCGAUCAUCUAAAAUCCACGGCGGACAAGGCCGCCGCUGUGACGAAAGCCAUGGAGGACAAGGCUGCAGAAGCAAUUGCCGCACUGGUGCCCGCCGUUCCGGCAGUGCCCGCCGUGCCGGCGGCGCCCGCCGUUCCGGCAGUGCCUGCAGUUCCAGCAGUGCCAGCAACGCCGGCCAUUCCGGCAGUGCCGGCGCCAGCGGCGCUUCAAGAGCAGGCCGACAAGCUGGUGAAGGCAAUGUCUGAUGCCGCACAAAGCGCCUCCGACCACGCAAAAAACACGGCGGACAAGGCCAUCGAUGCGCAGAAAGCCAUGGUGGACGAGGCUGCAUCAGCACUCGAGGCACUGGUGCCCUCGGCCACACCCGGCGUACCGGCAGUGCCAGCACCGGCGCUUCAGGACCAGGCCGAGAAGCUUGCGAAGGCAAUGUCUGAUGCUACACAAAGCGCCUCCGAUCAUCUAAAAUCCACGGCGGACAAGGCCGCCGCUGUGACGAAAGCCAUGGAGGACAAGGCUGCAGAAGCAAUUGCCGCACUGGUGCCCGCCGUUCCGGCAGUGCCCGCCGUGCCGGCGGCGCCCGCCGUUCCGGCAGUGCCUGCAGUUCCAGCAGUGCCAGCAACGCCGGCCAUUCCGGCAGUGCCGGCGCCAGCGGCGCUUCAAGAGCAGGCCGACAAGCUGGUGAAGGCCGCAGACUCUUUGAAAGCUGGCGCCGACAAGGUCGUGGCCGACGUGCAAUCGGCAGCCCAGUCUACGGCAACAAUUGCAAGCCGCCGGCUGUCUGCUGACAUUCAUGUCUGA